ACCCGACGCCCGACUUGUGCGCCCGGGAAACCCCGUCGUUCCCUUUCCCCUGGCUGGCAGCGCGGAGGCCGCACGAUGCCUGGAGUUACUGUAAAAGACGUUAACCAGCAGGAGUUCGUCAGAGCUCUGGCAGCCUUCCUCAAAAAGUCCGGGAAGCUGAAAGUCCCCGAAUGGGUGGACACAGUCAAGCUGGCCAAACAUAAAGAGCUUGCCCCAUAUGACGAGAACUGGUUCUACACACGAGCUGCUUCCACAGCACGGCACCUGUACCUCCGAGGUGGUGCAGGGGUUGGUUCCAUGACCAAGAUCUACGGAGGACGGCAGAGAAACGGUGUCAGACCCAGCCACUUCAGCAGAGGCUCUAAGAGUGUGGCCCGCCGGGUCCUCCAAGCCCUGGAGGGGCUGAAAAUGGUGGAAAAGGACCAAGAUGGGGGCCGUAAGCUAACACCUCAGGGACAGAGAGAUCUGGACAGGAUUGCUGGACAGGUGGCAGCUGCCAACAAGAAGCAUUAGAACAGAGGAUGCUGGGUUAAUAAACUGCCUCAUUCAUAA